AUGACGAGGAGAUUCGCCGAUAUACUGAGGUCGUUUGGCCUAAAGUGGUCAGUCACCUCUCCAACAAGAGUGACGGCCGAUUCGGCGACUGCGAUCGACAAUGUCGUCAGAAACAUGACAGACAUUGAUGUAUUGGUGGUUGACACAGCCAUUUCAGACCACUAUGGCCAACAGGUCAUCGUCAAUGCUUUUGACUGUGUCGACCACCAAACCCUCACUCACAAACUGGAGUAUUACGGGAUACGAGGAAGGUCACUCAAGUGGCUUGAAUCGUAUCUUAGUAAUCGAACACAAUUCGUAGGCAUUUCAGGCGUUAGAUCGGAGGAGCUGGGGCUGAACUAUGGAGUUCCUCAAGGCUCAAUACUCAGCCCUUUUCUCUUUUUGAUCUACGUCAAUGAUGUUGGCUCAUCUGUGCAACAAGGGCGGCUCGUCCAAUACGCAGAUGACACGACUCUCUAUCUCAACUCAGAAUCACAAGAGAAAUCAGCCUUAGAUUCUGCUGUAGGGUCGGCUGAAAUCGACUACAUGGUAUUCAAGUUCCGAAAGUAG